AUGAAGAGUCCAUCAUUCAGUUCCUCUCGCUGGGAAAAAAGACCUGACAUUCAAAUUCAAGAUACCUCUCUCUUUGUCAAAGCUUCGUCACAAAAGCUGAGUCCUCGACAACUGAUCAAAGAUUGUAUCUUGAACCACGCGACAAUUAGCAACGAAGAAGAUGCAUUUUAUGUUGCAGACUUAGGCGAGGUUGAAAGAUCCUAUCGACAAUGGCAGAGGUAUCUUCCUCAAGUACAUCCUCAUUAUGCUGUUAAAUGUAACGCGGACCCUGGGCUCAUUCUACGACUCGCCUCCUUGGGCUGCAACUUUGACUGCGCGUCUAUCACGGAAAUCACUUUAAUUUUAUCUUUGGACAUUUCCCCGGAACGUAUAAUCUUUUCUCACCCUGUGAAAGCGCCAAAAGCUGUCAGCUUCGCCCAACAGCAUGGGGUGCGUAACAUGACGUUUGACAACGCCGAGGAACUGCAAAAGAUUGCUAGAUCUUGCCCCGAAGCGAAUCUCUACCUUCGCAUUGCAGCAGACGAUACAGAAGCGCUGACGAGGCUGAGCUCUAAAUUUGGGGCGACGACCUCCACGGCCAUAGAGCUUUUUGCCGUAGCGCAACAGCUUCGUCUGAAAAUUAUCGGUCUCGCAUUUCAUGUAGGCUCCGGUGCCACGAACGUGCAGGCUUACAUCACGGCCAUACAGGAAGCCAAACAUCUGAUCAACAAAGGAGCAGCUUAUGGCUUCUGCGUACGAAUUCUUGAUAUUGGCGGAGGCUUCACCAUAGAUUCGUUUCCUGCAAUCGCCCCAAAGAUCAACACCGCCCUAGAAGGUGAUGAGCUGUUCUCUUCCCCAGAUUUCUUCAUAAUUGCCGAACCAGGACGAUAUAUGUCAGAGUCAUCGAUGACUCUGGCGUGUAACGUAAUUGGGCGCAGAGUCCGAACCCCUAGCGAGGAGGGCCCUAGCAUGCUUUACCUCAACGAUGGGCUUUACUCUUCUUUUCUGAAUUUGGCCUUUGAGCGUCCUGAAAUGAACCCAAAGUUACUACGAAAGGCAGAUCGUGCUAUAGUUAGGCAAGGGCUGCACUCUUAUUCAAUUUGGGGGCCUACUUGUGACAGUAAUGACCUGAUUUCAUGCAAGAGUGAUUUCGACGAGGAAGUGGAGAUCGGCGAUUGGCUCUUCUUCGAGGAUUUCGGGGCCUAUACACAAUCUACCGCAACCAGUUUCAAUGGAUUCCCACCAACGAACAAAGUCCUCUACCUUGACACUGAGGCGACCUCUCUUGAUCGAGGCACUGUCUACCAAAAAUGA